CACGUGAAGACAUAACCAAGCAGAAUAAACGGUGCUGAUGUGAUUAACUCGGGGAACCGAAUGAGCCAUUACCGUCUAGUGUGAAGUAUCCUGUAUUAGUAAGAACUAGCGCGUGGAAUGUAGGUUGUGUUUACUGAGGAGUCGCUCAAGUGUUCAGGUAGUAAGUUACUUUGUAUGAAGGAUGUAGCCAACUGCUUUUUACCAAGGCCUUGUACGCAACACCUACAAUAUUCUUUCCAGGACAGACUGUUGGAUGUGGAUUGUAUAAGGCUGCUGUUCAGUCGCUGUUGUUGCUCAGAUGUGCCCAGACAUUACGGACAAGAUGGACGCUACAGUUUCUGGAGGUUUACAGUACAAUAACAGAGUGUUGUUUGAACACCGAUAUCCGUGUUUACGGAGGGGAUACCUGCAUUCUCUGACUUCACAGUAAGAAGACCUAUUGUUCAUUCACAUAUCAUAUCUGUUUAUUAGGCUAUUGGACAGCGCGACGAAGAAGAAAUAGGAAUUCGGUUCAAAUAUUGUUUAUUCCAAAUCGGAGUUAUGCUGCCAUUUCAUUUGUAGGCUUCCCCAUGGAAUAAAGGGUGUAUGUUUAGUAUAGUCUUCAACCCCUUAAUACUGUAUUGUCACAAAGCCGUCCGUUCCACACGGUGAUUAGCAGAAUGACAGAUCCAAGCAGCAACACGGACUUUAUGGCUGGCUACUCCGGUAUCACCAGACCAAAUGUAGCUGGCAGUGGGUUACCUCAUCGGUCGGUGCUGAACUCUCCCCCUCCUCCAGGCAGACUGACGUCCCUGCGGUCCCGAGACCUGACUCUGGGCGGGUUCAAAAAGAAAACCUUCGUACCCAAUGUCCAUUCUCUGAGGAAGAGUAAAGAUGAGUUAAAGGAAGAGGCCCAUGUUGCACCAAAGAAGGACAGAAGAGUGAGGGAGGAGAGGCACAGGGAGAGAAGAGAGCGCCCCCCUCAGAUCAUUCAGUCCCACUCCAUCUUUGAACAGGGUCCUGCAGACACAGUAAAUAAACCAGGGGGGUGGAGAGGGACCGACCUUACAGACAGCAGAUCCUCUCCUGUAGCUAAGUGUUUUAAGAAGGAGAGACGUGCCUCAGAGGAAAACGAUAUGUUACACAAGCUUCAACGGGAUGAUUUUUUGGAUGAUCCUGGUUUGAAAAAUGAUGCCAAGAACAAGCCAAUUCAACUACCACUGUAUCAAUCUAGCAACUUCCUGAUAACAGAGGCAACAACAUCAUUCAGAGCCCCUGCUACUACUAACCCAAACCUGCCCCUUCAGUACGGACCAGGACAUCAGUACGGACCAGGCCAGAUCCCUCAGUAUAGACCAGACCAGGGGGUCCUGAGCCCUGACCAGAUCCCUCAGUAUAGACCAGACCAGGGGGUCCUGAGCCCUGACCAGCCCUCUGUAGCAGAGCUCUUCCACCAGCUGAUGGUUUCAGAGACAGAAGAGUUGCUGUUCAUCCAGCUACCUGAUACUAUCCCUGGCCAGCCAACCACAGCCUCCGUCCCAAGCCAGCCAGCCACAGCCACCGGCCAGCCAAUCACAGCCCCAGAAAGAAAUUGUAAAAAAGACUCCAAGUCCGACGGCAAGCGCACCUCUCACAUUAAAGCACCAGACACUGCUGGUAAAGACGUUCCUGUCCUGUCAGAGUUCACAGAGGGGUUUCUGGGUAAACUACAGAUCAGGAAGUCUGGCAAGGUGCAGCUGGUGCUGGGAGACAUCACUAUGGACGUCUCAGAGGGAGCUGCCUUCUCUUUCCUACAGCAACUGGUGUCUGUGCGUCUGUCUGAGGGCCUGACUGGAGACAUGAGUAUCCUGGGGAACGUCAAGCACAAGCUGGUCUGCUCUCCAGACUUCCAGGCUCUGCUACAGGAGCCAUCACCUGACCACUCAGCACAUCUCUAACUUAUAUUCCCUUCACCUUUUUCAGCAUUAACUGUGUAGAUAUUGUAGUUUUAUUACAGGAUGUGAGGAUUAACUGUGUAGAUAUUGUACAGUUUUAUUACAGGAUGUGAGGAUUAACUGUGUAGAUAUUGUAGUUUUAUUACACGAUGUGAGGAUGAACUGUGUAGAUAUUGUACAGUUUUAUUACACGAUGUGAGGAUGAACUGUGUAGAUAUUGUAGUUUUAUUACACAAUGUGAGGAUUAACUGUGUAGAUAUUGUAGUUUUAUUACACGAUGUGAGGAUUAACUGUGUAGAUAUUCUACAGUUUUAUUACACGAUGUGAGGAUGAACUGUGUAGAUAUUGUAGUUUUAUUACACGAUGUGAGGAUUAACUGUGUAGAUAUUGUAGUUUUAUUACACGAUGUGAGGAUGAACUGUGUAGAUAUUGUAGUUUUAUUACACGAUGUGAGGAUGAACUGUGUAGAUAUUGUAGUUUUAUUACACGAUGUGAGGAUUAACUGUGUAGAUAUUGUAGUUUUAUUAGACGAUGUGAGGAUUAACUGUGUAGAUAUUGUAGUUUUAUUAGACGAUGUGAGGAUUAACUGUGUAGAUAUUGUACAGUUUUAUUACACGAUGUGAGGAUUAACUGUGUAGAUAUUGUACAGUUUUAUUACACGAUGUGAGGAUUAACUGUGUAGAUAUUGUAGUUUUAUUACACGAUGUGAGGAUUAACUGUGUAGAUAUUGUA